AUGUCAGCUGAUAAGAGGCCAGCAACGGCUUUGCAUCGAGUUAUUGAAAAAGUAGUAUCAAUUUCAGGUUUUGGAGUUCCUUCAAAUCCUCAACCACAACCAAUUGAAUCAUUAACGGAUGAUAAAACAAAUAAAAUUUCAAGAAUAACAUCAUCAACAAUUCAUUCAAAAUUUUCAAAAUUAAUAAGAAGUAAUAAUAAAUCAAGAAAUUUCGAAAAGAAAUUAAUUAAUGAUAUUUAUUCAUGGAGUGAUACAAUACCAAAUCAAGAAUGUUCACAAAUAAUAAAAGAUUUUAAUCAAAUUUUUACAUUACAAUCAUUAACUAAUUUAGAAUUAAAUGAAAAAUUAGAAAAGAUUAAAAUAAGUCUUAAUUCAGUAAAUGAAAGAGAAAAGAAACAGAAACAAUUGUUAAAUAAUAAAUUUAAAACUGAAAAAAUUUUAAAAGAUAAUCAAACAAGAUAUGGUCCAAAAGCUUCUUCAACAACAUUAACUAAUGAAAAAUUAGAAAAUAUAGAAUGUAGUUUACAAGUUAUUGAACAACAAUUUUUAAGAUCAAUUUCAAAUGAUUUAAAAGAAAGUUUAAUUGAUUAUAUAAUCAUGUUAAAUAAAACAUCAAGAAAAUUACAAGAUUUUUCGGAUGAUUUAAUUCAACAUUUAAAUAAUUUGGAAGAAAGCAAUGCUAAUGGUGGUUCAAUGAUUGAAAAUGAAAUUGCAAGAAUUUCACCAAAUAAAUAUUCAAGAUAUGCAACAAAUGGUAAUAAUAAUGGAUUAAAACGUAAAAUUCCAAAUUUUUAUGAUGAUGAACAUCAUCAACAAUCACAACUGAAAGAUUCUGAACCUAUAAAAUUAAAAAAUUAUGAUUUACCAACUCCACAAUCAACUUGUGCAGAAUGUAAAAAGACACCAUGUAUACAUACUUAUCAAAAUCAACCUGAUUCAGGUAUUCAACCAUUAAGACCUCAACCGCCUCAACCAUUACCUUCACAACCUUUAAUGGGUUCAACUAUUACAAAAUCUAAUUCUCAAUCAAGAGAACAUUUUGGAUUUCAUGAUAAUCCUACAAAUAUUCAUGAACCAAUUAGAGCCCCUUCAAUGUAUAGUGAUCAUUGGAAUUGA